CUGGGGGACACAAGAUCGGGGCACUCUUCCGGUAGCAGCUCGCUCUCUGGCCACCGUCUUCCCCAGCCAACCAGGCCUCCCGGAGGCGGCCGGCCAGAAAGCAUCGGCGGGACCCCAGCUUGCCGCCUCCCCUCGGCGGGACCUAGAAACUGCGCGGAACCAAAGCUUGAGGGCGGCUCGAGUUUGCGGACCGCGGGGAGGAAGCGCCAGCCGGAAGCAGUCGCAAGACCUGAGCAUGGCGGCCACCAGGUGCCUGCGCUGGGGCCUGAGCCGAGCCGGAGUCUGGCUGCUCCCACCGCCCGCACGGUGCCCACGCCGGGCGCUGCACAAGCAGAAAGACGGCACUGAGUUCAAGAGCAUCUACAGCCUGGACAAGCUCUACCCCGAAUCUCAGGGCUCGGACACCGCCUGGAGGGUCCCGGAUGGUGCAAAGCAAGCCGACAGUGACAUCCCUCUAGAUCGCUUGACAAUAUCUUAUUGUCGGAGUAGUGGUCCUGGGGGGCAGAACGUGAACAAAGUGAAUUCCAAGGCGGAAGUCAGGUUCCAUUUGGCAACUGCCGAGUGGAUCGCGGAGCCCGUGCGGCAGAAGAUAGCCAUCAUGCAUAAAAACAAGAUCAACAGGUUAGGAGAGUUGAUCCUCACCUCUGAGAGCAGCCGCUAUCAGUUCCGGAAUCUGGCAGAUUGCCUGCAGAAAAUUCGAGACAUGAUCACUGAGGCCAGCCAGACACCGAAGGAGCCAACAAAAGAAGAUGUUAAACUUCAUAGAAUCAGGAUAGAAAACAUGAAUCGGGAAAGGCUGAGACAAAAGAGAAUUCAUUCUGCUGUAAAGACAAGCAGGAGGGUCGACAUGGACUGAAAUCACCCUCUGCAGCUGGGAGGGCUCUUCUGGGCGUGCGGGCAGCUGCAGCUGAGAGGACUUUCACACCAUAAGGAGAUUUCUGUUUUUCUUUUUGGCUGUUAAUGCUUGUCUAUAACAUUAGAGCCAUCACGAGAAUGUUCAUUUGGAAUGAAGGCUGCAGGCACUGGUUGCAGAAGUCUUUAUAGGCAGUCACCAUGUUGUCAAACCUUAAUAAUGCAUCGAAUGUAUUAGCCACAAUAAAAUUCAAAACUCA